AUGUUGGAUAAGCUUAUCUUAGCUCAGUCCACAAUGAAGAAAGUCAAUUUUGUGUCUGCUGAAGAGAUGGAACCAGUCCAAGAAGGGGAGGAUACACAAUUUGCUGAAGUGACCAGGUCUAGAGUUGAGAGACCACGUUCUGAGAGACCAGAGCUGAUAGGACUUGUUCAAGCCCCUUGUGUGCUUGAUGAAGAAAGCCUUCAAGCUUUGUUUGAUGAGCCACUAGGAAGGGCUCUAAAAGAAGGGGAGGAUGCAGCCUCUAAGGCAAGACCUUGUGGGAGAUAA